UUGCGCAAAGACAAUUGGAGCAUACAAGCCUUACCGCUCUAAAUUCGCGUUAAAUCUCGCUACAGGUUGAGGUUUUGCGUAUUUUCGUUUGGUUACUCAGAAAAUAAGAAGGAAAGAAGGGAAAGGAGCAUGGUUCUUGACGAGGACAGAAAUUCGUUACUCCAUGUGGUUAACGCGAGUUCAGUGAACGCACAUUCCUCAAAUCUACAUGGAAUCUGAAUUCUGGACGGAUUUAAAUUAAAUCUGUAGGGCGAUUCCGAUCUCUGCUACUUUUGGAAUCUAUAUUUUUUUUUUUCAUCUUCGCGUAUUUCCACUCUAUUUAGCUAUCAAAGCAGAAGAAGAUGUUGCGCCUGAAAGCGUUCCGGCCUUCCAGUGAUAAAAUCGUUAAGAUCCAAUUGCAUCCGACGCAUCCAUGGAUGGUCACAGCCGAUGAUUCAGAUCGAGUCUCUGUUUGGAACUGGGAACACCGCCAGGUGAUAUAUGAGUUGAAAGCUGGCGGAGUGGACGAACGACGUUUGGUCGGCGCCAAGUUGGAGAAGCUGGCUGAGGGAGAAACAGAGUCUAAAGGGAAACCCACGGAAGCCAUUCGUGGAGGAAGUGUGAAGCAGGUGAAUUUUUAUGAUGAUGAUGUGCGCUUUUGGCAACUUUGGCAUAAUCGCUCUGCAGCAGCAGAGGCUCCGACUGCUGUCCACACUUCAGCUUUUAAUUCUCCUGCCCCAACAACAAAAGGGAGGCAUUUUCUUGUCAUAUGUUGUUUAAACAAAGCUAUAUUUCUGGACUUGGUGACUAUGCGUGGUCGUGAUGUACCAAAGCAAGAGCUUGACAAUAAGUCCCUUCUAUGCAUGGAGUUCCUUUAUAGAUCUGGUGUUGGUGAUGUUCCUCUUGUUGCUUUUGGUGCAUCUGAUGGUGUCAUUAGAGUUCUCUCAAUGAUGACAUGGAAGCUUGUAAGAAGGUACACUGGAGGUCAUAAAGGAUCAAUAUCUUGCUUGAUGUCCUUCAUGGCUGCUUCUGGCGAGGCUCUUCUGGUUUCGGGUGCUAGUGAUGGAUUGCUCAUAGUUUGGAGUGCUGACCAUGGACAAGAUUCACGUGAACUUGUACCCAAGCUGAGUUUGAAAGCACACGAUGGGGGGGUUGUAGCAGUUGAGCUAUCUAGGGUGAUGGGAGGUGCUCCUCAGCUAAUUACAAUUGGUGCAGAUAAGACAUUAGCGAUAUGGGACACGGUCUCCUUUAAGGAGCUGCGGCGUAUAAAGCCAGUUCCGAAAUUGGCUUGCCACAGUGUGGCUUCUUGGUGCCAUCCUCGAGCUCCAAACCUUGAUAUUUUAACCUGUGUCAAAGAUUCUCACAUAUGGGCAAUUGAACAUCCCACUUAUUCUGCUCUCACAAGGCCAUUGUGCGAAUUGACUUCAGUUAUUCCUCCUCAAGCUCUUGCUCCUAAUAAGAAACUGAGGGUGUAUUGUAUGGUUGCACAUACUUUGCAGCCACAUCUGGUUGCUACUGGAACCAAUAUUGGUGUUAUUAUGUGUGAGUUUGAUGCUAGAUCUCUUCCACCUGUAGCUCCCCUACCAACCCCAUCGGACAGUAGAAUGCAUUCUGCCGUGUUUGUAAUUGAAAGAGAACUAAAGCUAUUAAAUUUUCAGUUAAACAACUCUGCAAAUCCAUCUCUUGGAAAUAAUAGUUCUUUGUCAGAAACGGGACGGUCUAAGGGAGAUUUUUUUGAACCAUUACCAGUCAAGCAGGGUAAGAAGCACAUUGGUACACCUGUUCCAAAUGAUUCGUACUCAGUUCUUUCUGUAAGCAGUUCAGGAAAGUAUUUAGCAAUUGUUUGGCCAGAUAUUCCGUAUUUCUCUGUCUACAAGGUUAGUGACUGGUCGAUUGUUGACUCCGGCAGUGCAAGGCUUCUUGCUUGGGAUACUUGUCGUGACAGAUUUGCUAUAUUGGAAUCAGCAUUACCUCCUAGAAUUCCGAUAAUUCCCAAGGGUAGUUCAUCAAAAAGAGCAAAAGAAGCAGCUGCAGCCCAAGCAGCAGCAGCUGCUGCUGCUGCUGCUUCCACAGCUUCUGUUCAAGUCCGCAUCUUGUUAGAUGAUGGAACAUCAAAUGUACUGAUGAGGUCUGUUGGUGCACGCAGUGAACCAGUCAUUGGUUUGCAUGGAGGGGCAUUGCUUGGCGUUGCCUAUCGAACAUCCAGGAGAAUCAGUCCUAUUGCUGCUACGGCUAUUUCUACAAUCCAGUCUAUGCCCUUAUCAGGUUAUGGAAGCAGUGGCCUUUCUUCUUUUACAACUUAUGAUGAUGGAUUUUCUUCACAUAGAUCUCCAGCUGAGGCGGCACCUCAAAACUUCCAACUAUACAGUUGGGAGACAUUCCAGCCUGUGGGGGGUCUACUUCCUCAGCCAGAAUGGACUGCUUGGGACCAAACCGUUGAAUACUGUGCAUUUGCAUACCAGCAAUACAUAGUUAUAUCUUCUUUGCGCCCCCAGUAUCGAUACCUGGGAGAUGUUGCAAUCCCAUAUGCUACUAGUGCUGUUUGGCACCGGAGGCAACUGUUCGUGGCUACACCAACUACUAUAGAAAUUGUUUUUGUGGAUGCUGGGGUUGCACAAAUUGACAUUGAAACUAAGAAGAUGAAAGAAGAACAGAAAAUGAAAGAAGCACAGGCAAGAGCAGUCGCAGAGCAUGGAGAGUUAGCCCUAAUUGCAGUUGAAGGCCCCCAAUCUACUACAGAGGAAAGAAUAUCAUUGAGGCCACCGAUGCUUCAGGUGGUUCGUUUGGCUUCAUUUCAGCAUGCUCCUUCAGUGCCACCUUUCUUAACAUUGCCAAAACAAUCUAGAGUUGAUGGUGAUGACUCUUGGAUGGCAAAAGAAGCAGAAGAGAGAAAGACAGGUGAGGUGGCUGUUGGUGGUGGGGGCGUGUCUGUGGCAGUUACUCGUUUUCCAAUGGAGCAGAAACGCCCAGUUGGGCCUCUUGUUGUGGUAGGUGUCAGGGAUGGAGUUCUUUGGCUAAUUGACAGGUUCAUGUGUGCUCAUGCCUUAUCCUUGAGUCAUCCUGGUAUUCGAUGCCGAUGUCUUGGUGCUUAUGGAGAUGCUGUUAGUGCAGUAAAAUGGGCAAGUAGGCUUGGGAGAGAGCACCAUGAUGAUUUAGCACAAUUCAUGCUAGGAAUGGGCUAUGCUACUGAAGCACUUCAUUUGCCUGGAAUUUCUAAGAGGUUGGAGUUUGAUUUGGCAAUGAAGAGCAAUGAUUUGAAGAGAGCUCUUCAGUGUCUUCUUACCAUGAGUAACAGCAGGGAUAUAGGACAUGAUAGUACUGGGCUUGGUUUAAAUGACAUUCUUAAUUUAACAGAAAAAAAACAAGAUACAGUUAAAAAACAAGAUAUAGUUGAAGGUGUUCAGGGUAUUGUGAAAUUUGCAAGAGAGUUCUUGGAUCUUAUUGACGCUGCAGAUGCUACAGCACAGGGUGAAAUUGCUCGUGAAGCUCUGAAGAGGUUAGCUGCAGCAGGUUCAGUGAAAGGUGCUUUACAAGGUCAUGAGUUGAGAGGAUUAGCAUUACGCCUCGCAAAUCAUGGAGAGUUGACUCGGCUAAGUGGUUUGGUAAACAACUUAGUUACGCUUGGCUUGGGACGGGAAGCUGCAUUUGCUGCUGCUGUUUUGGGCGACAAUGCUCUAAUGGAGAAAGCAUGGCAGGAUACUGGAAUGCUGGCAGAGGCUGUGCUUCAUGCUCAUGCACAUGGACGUCCAACUUUGAAGAACUUGGUUCAGGCCUGGAACCAAAUGCUACAAAGAGAGAUUGAGCCUAUUCCGUCACAGAAGACAGAUGCUACAGCUGCUUUUCUUGCUUCUCUUGAGGAGCCUAAGCUUACGAGUUUGGCAGAAGCAGGGAAGAAACCGCCUAUUGAAAUACUACCUCCGGGAAUGAUGUCUCUUGAUGCUCCUAUCUCCAUUCAGAAAAAACCAGCUUCUGCUGCUCAGAAUUCUCAACAAUCACCAGGCAAGCCAUUGGCACUGGAAGCACCACCUCCUACAACCACAGCAGCGCCAGAGAGUGCUACAGAGCAGCCUGAAUCCACGUCUGCACCAGUCAGUGAACCACAACCAUCAGAGCCUACCUCAGACUCCACGCCAGAUCCAGCGGCUGCUCCACCUCAACCAGAAUCAGGUGAAACCACUGUAGAUAAUGAAGGUCCUACUCCUACCUCUGCGUCCGUAAAUGACGGAGACCCAAAUGUUAAUGGGCAAACUGUUCAAGCAGAGUCUUCGAGCAAUCCAGCUUCAGCUUCACGUGAGGUCCCAUCACCAGUAGCAGAGGUUUCGGAAACUAAUGUUCCAAGUCCAACUACAGUACCUGUGAGUGACCCCCUCAUAUGAUUUGUAUACCUACCACACUGCUGACAUAAGCACUUGGAAAAUGAAUUUAUUUACAAUUCAAGUUUUAUUUGCAUUUGUAAAGAAAUCAUUUUCAAGAUUAAGGAAAUUCAGUGUACUAGUUUGUAAGUAUAAACUCCAAAGGUACAAUUGUACCGAGCAGCUUGUUUCCCCCCUUUUUUUUUCUUCUCAAUUUUUGUAGACAAUUGUACCGAGCUGAGGUGUGUUGUCUCAUAUUGUUGUGAUUGUGACACAGUGACAUAUCCUGAUGCAUAUAAGAG